AUGCGGCGCGCGGUAUGCUUUCGCUCUCUCGUUAAAUCAUACUCUAAGGACGUUUCCGGAGCGGAUACCCACCCUAGAGGCCAGGAAUUUUCGCAUGAGCCUCCUCCCCUGAUUAAAACCUGCCCAUUCAAACUUCUUCAACUCCACGAUUGGCAGAUCCACGGCGUUCGUGGGGAUAGAUCAAUACUUCCGCCUGCUCUUUUCUACCACGGCGAUGUCCUCGGCCCUCGCCCGUUGUUGAUUUUGGAUCAUAGUUUUCCUUCCUCUAGUAUAUCCAACCACCACGCCAAUCAGACUAGUAAUAGUAAUAAUAAUAGUAGGGAUAGUGGUAGUGGGGCUUAUACAGGUGCUCCUUCUCAGAUGCCGCUCGAUACUUUUCAGAGGGCCGCGGGAAAAUACGCGUCGAUGAUUUCUCAUUUGAGGUGGGCCUACGGGGCGGUGUACAUCCCGUUGGUGGUGAAUCCCGACGACGGAGAUGUCCUCGAGCGGAGUUGUCGGGAAGUGACCGCAGUGAUGGAUGCUUUGGAUCUUCGCUGGUCGAACUUUUUAACCCAUUCUUACGGAACGCUCGUGGCGGGGCGUUUGGCCACCUCUCGGGCGUAUCCACAUCGCAUCGGCAGCUUUUUUUCGCUCGAUACGCCGCUGAUAACGGAUCGGAUGUUUCGUAAUGCCAAACACCGCGCGGAGCUUUCGAAGGCCGCGGAGGACGUGAACAUCCCCGCCGAGAUGGUGUCGUUUGUUCGCGAGGAGUUGCUGGGAGCCCUGGAAGAGGUUCUUCCCUGUCCAGCCUCGGAAGCGGACGGGGAGUUGUAUGAGAAGUACUUAUUCAACCCUGACGCGAUCUACGACAAAGGUGGACUUAUCCGUCGGGAGGAGCGCUAUAUCCAUCUUCGACAGCUCUCGAAUAUUUAUCACCCAUGGCAGCUGGUGGUUCCCGCGGGCCAGCCGUUGUCGGAUCUUCCCCUUCACAAAGAAUUUUUCAGACUUCGACGCCCGGCUGUGAUCAAGUCGGCCAGAUCCCACGAGGAGUUGUUUUCCGAUUCCUCAGCCGUCGAACUCGCGGGGGUUCUCGCGGGUUGGAUGAAUCGUUUUGAGCCGGAUUGGAUGAUUCGGCGUCGUUAUGAGCAGGCCGCGAAGGAGAUGUCCGCGCUUGUCGUCGACGCGACGGCCUCCAAAACGACGAUAAGCCCCGGUGCUGGAGGGAAGCGAAAGAAGGAAAAGAAGUCAAAGACGUGA